AGGGACUUCUGGACUGGAGCAAGUUCCUUAAAGUUUUCAGAAACCCAAGUCCAUCUUUCCCGCCACAAACGUUUGUCUAUAACACCUGUCAAGGCCAACUGGAAAGGCGGUUAGUGGUUGUAACUUCAUCAGAACUACUAGAAUAAUGGCGCUGAUAUGAUACAUUUAACUUCAGUUUAUGUGAAUGCGAACUCACUUAUAUAGCAAUUUUUAAGCCAAGAGUACGCAUCACGGUUGGUGAGAUGUAUUCAUUUGAGGGCAAUUAUAAAACAAGGCGGUCGUUGGUUUUGGACCACACUACCAAGCUGUCGGCUGAAGCGAUUGUUCAAAAAACUCGUGAAGAGCGUAGAUUGCGUGAAAACCUACAUAGACAAGAAAAUGCUGCUAUCAAGAUACAAGGGUUUCUACGAGGAUACAUUGUUCGGCAAAAAGCAAGAAACUAUUGUCUCCAGUUGUUCAACGAACUAGCUAGCCGGUUGGAUACUACAAAAAGUCAGCCUGCUCGCCUUAUCGGCCGUGAAUAUGAAGUUACACUUUUGCAUUUGCUUCAGUGUUUCAACAUGUGCUGUCGUAAAAAUAUAGAAACUGAACAACUUUUCACUGUUUGUCGUCUACUACUAUCAAAAGAUGGCAAGGAUGCGCAAAUCAGUUGGCUGAUGAAUGCCACCUCAGUUGACUGUAUAUUCACUCUGAGCAAUUCCUUGUUAAUGAUAAUCAAGUAUUUACCAGCUCUUCCAUCAUUGACUAAGUCAGCUGACUACGCAUUACCAUUACGUGUAUUAGAAGAGGUAUUUACAACCCCUUUGGAAUCCUCUUCAAAAAUAUGCUUACAUCCGCAACAAUUAUGCUCCAAUCUGGCAUGGAUUUGUCGUUAUUUGGCGAAGAAACAUUAUUUUAAGAAAAUGGCGUUUUUUAUGGAUCAGCAGUUGCAAUCUACAGACGGGUAUCUUCAAGACUUGUCAACACAGUCACGUGUAUUCGAUUCAGUGGAAUUUUCAAAACCACAAAGAAGUCGUGCCUUCAUUAAUUUAUUAAUUGCGCCUAUACAGUGUGCUUCACACCUGUCCAAAGUUUCGAAUUCUGUGAUUGGUUUAUACAAAGAACUUGUUGUAGCGGCUUUGAAUGACAUCCUUGUAUCUUAUCCGGAUAAUGAUCAAUAUAAAAUUAGUGAACGUAUUGUACGUGGUGUUGGCAUAGAAUUGUUCAAACUACCCGGCUUACCUCAGAUCGUUAUUAGUGAAUGCUUAACUGCUGUAGAGAACAAAAGUCAAUCGGUACCUGAGGAUAAUCCAUCAAUAUCGCUAGUUCCUUCGAUUAAUUUGUUACAUCUCCUGCUGACCGUCGUUAUUCCUGGUAUGUUAAUUACAUCUGACUCAACAAGUGCGACUGGUGGUGCAAAUUCAUCCACAGAUAUUCCAAUAUUGAAUCAAGAAACAAAUGACUGUGAAGUAGAAGAUGAAAGUGGAGAAGGUGGUGAAGAAUCUCUACCUGUAUUGAUGAACACCAGUACGCAUUCACACCCAGUAUGGUCUGGAUCACCUGCAGAAGCUGCCGUAACAAUUCGUUGUCUUGCUUGGAUGCUUAUGCAUUCUCUAUCAGAACCAUAUCUGCCUAUAAUUCGACCUAUUACAAGUCCUAAGCCAUUACAACUUGGAAUGGGAAAGGAGGAGGACUUUUCAGAAGAUGAAGAUGACAGUGAUGAGGUCAAGCCUAAAGGGAACGGAACAACAGAUUCAGCUAAAAGUCAUGAUCGUAGUGUUAAUUCUGGAUCGAUGUCCUUUCGACCGGCUUGGGCUAGUCAACUAACAGAAAUAUGUACAGCGUUGAGUCAGCAUUUGUCAGCGUUGGCAGCCAGUGCCCUAUCCACGUUAAGCAAUUUCAAUAGUGAUUUGAAUAAUCCAAAUGAACUGGAAUUGAUUCGUUGUUCAGCUCAAUUGCAUUAUUGUCUUUCACAGGUGUAUGGUCUGCCAAGAACCUCUUUAAUCCGCAUUAACUCCAUUUAUUCACAACAUACUGUCUAUCUACGCUCUUUAUGGAAAUUGAUUGAAAAUACCAAAGUAUCAACUGUAUCACAAUAUUCUAGUUCAGCAUGUACAUUUUUGACAGUUUUAUCGUCAGGUGAAUUGCCUUCACGCCUAGCUGAACUGCAAAGUUAUCUGCCGUUGAUAUUCACAUUUUCUGAUUGCCUGCAUCAUCGUCUGUUAUGCCUAACAGACACUGAAAUCUGUGAUGUCCUACCGUUGGAGAUGAAUCACGAAUUAACCAGCGGGUUGUUUAGAUCAGGCUGUGGUUUUCGUGCUGAGGAAUUAUUACACGUUGGUUCAAGGCUUAGAGAUCUUAUGCUUGGCUUAAUUGAUUUAGCGCAUCCUGAUCAGUUGCCGAAAAUGACACGGCAAAAUCUACAGACAGAUUCGUAUUCUAUGGAUUCACCAGAACAACCGGAUUAUGCUGCUGUUCUCCGUAGGAUACAACAACGUGCUGAGUUUGCAGCGCUUGGCAGUUCACCUGGUGCCGCCAAUCUGCUUCUGCGAGAUCAUACAGGAUGGUCCGUUCCAGAUUUACGUCUCUUGCUUUAUUGUUGGAGUAGUCUGUUUCGUAGGGUUCAACUCCUGGUAUUUCAAAUUUAUGAUUGGGAUCGUCGUUGUCGACGUCAGCAGGAUAUUAGUUUACCUGCAUACCUAUUACAAACCACACCUCCUCCCACCCAGUCUAAAAAUACACUGACCACUACCAAUUCCCCUGUCUCCACGGAUUCAAUAGCUGGUCUACACUUAACACGUCCACGUUUACCCUUGGGUACACCAAGUGUUAGUCAGACUUUCUGGUUAAAAGAUAAUCAAGUUGAUCUGCUGAACUCUAUAUCAUCACAAUCAUGGCUUGUAAAUAGAGGUGAUCAAACUACACUCACGUUAGCCGGGGCACCAUUUGGUUAUUAUAGUAUACUCAAUCCUGAUCGAAAUCAAGCAGAAUCAGGUUCAUUUGCUUUAUCCAAUCGUGAAAUACGCCAGGUGUUAUUGUUGAAAGAAGUUCCAUUCGUUAUACCCUUUGAAAAACGAGUCAAGCUAUUUCAAGUCCUUGUCAAUAGUAAUGCUAAUCGAAGCCCCCUGGAUCGAAUGUACAAUUCGUUUAAUCAACCUGAAGUAUUUAUUGUCGUCCGUCGAACACACUUAUAUGAAGAUGCGUUUGAAAAGUUGUCUAAAGAGAAUGAACCAGAUUUACGUCCACGCUUGAAAGUUCGAUUCCUCAAUCAAAUUGGUCUAGCUGAAGUCGGUAUUGACGGUGGUGGUUUAUCACGGGAAUUCCUUACUGAAAUUAUUCGAGCUGGCUUUGACCCGAAUAGAGGAUUUUUUGUUUACGCUUCUGAUAAGACAUUGUAUCCUAAUCCACAAGCAGCUGCUAUCACACCGGACUACUUGAAACAUUAUUACUUUUUAGGAAGGAUAUUAGCUAAGGCAAUUUAUGAAGGCAUGCUCGUAGAAUUACAAUUUGCUUAUUUCUUUUUGGCAAAAGUUAUCAGUCGAAGUGGCGGUGGUGUUGGCUUCGACUAUCUGUAUUCACUUGAUCCUCAGUUGUACAAACAGUUGUUAUUCUUAAAAAAUUACCAAGGAAAUGUUCGUGAUUUAUCGCUUGAUUUCACUGUGGUACAUUCAAUUUUUGGUCAGUCUGAGACUGUAGAACUUAAACCUGGCGGAAAAUACAUUCCAGUUACCGAGGCGAAUCGUGUUGAAUAUGUGCAUUCAGUGGCUAAUUAUAAACUGAAUAAAAUGAUCUAUCCACAUGUAAAAGCUUUCACACUUGGCUUGAACGAUGUUAUCCCAAUUCACUGGCUACGACUUUUUGAUGCAGAGGAGUUGCAAACAUUAAUAUCUGGAGCGGAUAUGGUGAUCGAUGUCAAUGACUUGAAACAGAAUACAGUCUACAUUGGAAAUUCAUCAACUUAUCAUGAGACAUUGGAGAGUUUUUGGUCUGUGCUACAGAACUUCUCAGAGGCGGAUAAACGUUCUUUCCUGCGUUUUGUAACAGCGUGUUCACGGCCUCCAAUGUUUGGCUUUCGUGAACUUCAACCACCGUUUUCAAUUCAAAUUACAGAAGAAGUGGAACGACUACCGACAGCUAGUACUUGCAUGAAUUUACUACGGUUACCAGAUUUUCGUAAUGCCGAAACACUACGUGAUCGUUUGUUGUAUGCUUUGAAUGCCAAUGCUGGAUUUGAAUAUAGCUGA